AUGCCCUCAAAGAUUCCAGUUUUCUCUUUCCAUGACAAGAAGUGGCGAAGUCUGCAAGUCAACUUCAUCCGGCCGGUACGAUGGAAUGAAAAUGCUUUCAAUCGCCUCGUGCUUCAGGCAAGUAGAAAGGAGUUGAUUCAAGCCCUAGUCACCGUCCGCCUGGAAAACAAUCAAGCAACAGACGUUAUUGAGGGCAAAGGGGCGGGACUCAUAAUGUUGCUUCAUAGACCUCCUGGUACCGGCAAAACUCUCGCUGCAGAGACUGUCGCUGAGCUGGCGAACAAACCGCUGGAUCGAGCUACCUGCGCGAGAAUUAGCGCUGAGGCUAAAGGCGUCGAGAAAUACCUCGAGUCGGCACUCUAUCUUAUCAGUCUUCCUUCGCGUUCUCGAGUACUUCAACGGCGUCCCGAUUCUUACGUCGAACUGAACCGUGUCGGUCUCUUCGACAUGGCGUUCAAGUCACGCAUGCGGUUAGCAAUACGCUAUCCGCCCCUUGACGAAGCUGAACGCCUCAAGAUAUGGGACAACUUUUUCAAAGCUCCGCACGAAGCGGGAGUGGGUAUGGAGUUGGAAGACCUGAGUGAUAACGUAAAGAGUUUGGCUCGCAAGGUUCUCAACGGCCGGCAAAUCAGAAAUGUCAUCAAGAUUGCCAGGCGACUCGCUGCUUUCCGGAAGCAGAAGCUCGGUAGCCAACACUUGGAAUGUGCCAUUGACGUUGUUGAGGAGUUCGAAAAAUACCUUGUCGAUACAUGA